AUGCUGUCAAGUGUACGUCGUUUCUUUAAAUUUAUCCAUUGGCUUUAUUUACAAUAUUUACUUAAUACAGCAUUAUAUAUGCUUGAGCCAUGGGAACGUGCACUAUUCUCAACAUUACUUGUUGCUAUUAUAUCGACAGCUAUUUAUUCAGCUUGGAAUAAAAUCAGACGACAACGACAAUCUGCUUGGUAUAAACCAUUAUUAGAAUUGAUACAAAGUUUUUAUAUGCAAUUUUUAUUAACAACUACACUUUAUGUUAUGGAACCAUGGGAAAGAGUUCUUAUAAUAAGCAUAUUUAUUCUUAUUAUUUCACUUAUUACAUAUUCAGCAUUUAUAUUCAUUCCAUUUCAUAUUCAUAAGAUUUUAGAAUCAACAAUUCCAAUUAUAACGGAUGUAUUUAAGCGUUAA